AUGGACUCGGCCGCAGUAGCGAUGGAGAUUCCCCACCAUGACGCACCCGUGUCGCUGAAGAAGAGCCGUACCGCGGCUCUGGAGGCCAUGGAGGACAUUGUCUACGGAUCAGUCGCCGGCGUUGUCGGAAAAUACAUCGAGUACCCCUUCGACACGGUCAAGGUCCGCCUCCAAUCCCAACCCGACAACCAGCCUCUCCGCUACAAGGGCCCGAUCGACUGUUUCCGUCAGUCCUUCAAGGCUGAAGGCUUCCGCGGCCUAUACCGCGGUAUUAGCGCACCGCUCGUCGGAGCCGCGCUCGAGAACAGCAGUCUGUUCUUCUUCGAACGGAUCGGUCGCGCCGCCGUAUACCAGUCGGGCUGGACGCCCCAAGGCCAGGAGCUGUCACUCUCGGCCCUGUGGUUCACCGGUGCCUUCUCCGGCUUCUUCACUUCAUACGUCCUGACGCCCGUCGAACUCGUCAAGUGCAAGAUCCAGGCCCCUGCCGGCGCCGACGGCUCGGGGGCACCACAGCAGCUGCGCCCGCUGUCUGUCGUCCGCGAUAUCUACCGCCACCAAGGCCUCAGGGGCUUCUGGCAUGGACAAAUGGGUACUCUGAUCCGCGAGUCGGGCGGCUGCGCUGCGUGGUUCGGCAGCAAGGAGACGGUGACGAAGAUGUUCAACGUGCUCAACGACCGGUCGGCCAAGACGCAAGGAGAGAGGGACGCCUUGGUUGGGAAGCCAUUGCCGCUGUGGCAACAGGCGCUGGCGGGCGCCUCGGGCGGUGUGUCAUACAACUUCCUCUUCUUCCCGGCCGACACAAUCAAGUCACGCAUGCAGACGGCAGCUAUCGGCGACGCGGCGCUGAACCGGUCAUUCUGGCAGGAAGGCGCGGCCGUGUGGCGGCAACACGGGCUGAGGGGUCUGUACCGGGGCUGCGGCAUUACGUGCCUUCGCUCAGCGCCCAGCUCGGCCUUUAUUUUCAUUGUUUUUGACGGCCUCAAGCGACACUUCCCUCUGCAAUAGAGGUACUUUUUUCCCUUUACACGUAUCAAAACCCUUUUGAGAUAUCCCUAGACUCGGGUGGUUGUGGCUGCUACUGUGGUUAGAAGGCGGGGAGGUGGUUUUAUACAACUUGGCAUUUAGAAGGCGUAAAAGGGGAUACGAUUCCGGAAACAGUACAUAUACUUAUACAUGUGCAUACACUUUGGGCGGCAUUGGCCCGGCUAGAUGGAUGUGGGUUUUCAAACAAAAGUUGGGAAGAGACGCAAGCGUAGAUUAUUGAGUCUUUUAUAUACAACCUUGAGUCAAAGGCUAUCCGAUUUGACUUGU